UGUUGGACCAUACAUUAUACCGCUGAUUUGUGGGUUGGAUCGAAUUGCAACCGCAAGAGGCUCAAUAGCCAGAGCGAACAGGAGUGGGGAGAGGAGGCACCCCUGCCUUGUGCCCCUUGCCUGGUAAAAAAGGUUCAGAGAUAAUACCAUUUGUUAGAUUUGGGCUUUGGUGGCAGCUAUGCAGAGCUUUAAUAUCCUGAAUAAAGGUUUGGCCAAAAUUUCAUUCCUGCUUUCUAAAUAAUGUUAUUAACUUAUUAAUGUACAUAACAUUCUCACAACUGUUGUGCAAGUGGGGCUACAAAUACACAGAACAUGAUCUGUUUCCUAAUGAUAAGUUUGGCAAUAUGGUUUUGAUGUUUUUUGUUCUAGAUUGUGUAAAAUCAAUGUUUGAAGUUUUCUACGCACUGGUGCCUCACUGCCCAUUUAUAAAGAUGCACCCCUUCCCUCAAGAACCUCUACACUGUCACAUACCUAUACUUUAUAGUGAAAAUGUAUGUAUAAUGGGUCCCGCUUUUCUUUUUUUUUUUUUUUUUUUUUGCAAGUGGCCCCAAAAAUUUUAACAUUCAUAACGAUACAAAAAGGCUUUUCUAAAUUGGAGCGAGACUCGGUAGGCCUGCAUACGUUAUCAAUAAUUGCAGCUCUUAUUUACAUACAGUCACACAGUUUUUGAGCAAGAUACUGUAAGUGCGCACUGCGUACUAGAAGCUAUUCUCAUCUGUUCACACUAGAUGUCUCUCUCUUCUACUAGUGCAACUGAACCUCAUGGCCUCGUUUCUAACUAAGCACCGUCUCCGCCGACAAUGCUCUGGGAGGCCGCCAUUUUGAAAUACAAGUCGUUCACAGUACACCCGCCCCAAAACCUGGAACUAUGCCGCGGGGCCGACCUCGCAAACAGAGGAACAAAAUCAACGCCGAAACAGGUGGACAACAAGAGCCAGAUGCAGAAAACUCUGGUUACAGCAACGUGGAGCCCAAAGACUUCAAGUGUUUGGUGUGCUCUCAGACUUUCACCAAAGAUAGCCUGCUGCAGCGCCAUCUGCGGGAUCAUGGGCAAAAUGACAAGCCGCACCGGUGUGACCUGUGUCCAAAGUCUUUCAACGUGGAAUUCAACAUGACCCUCCACAGGUCUACACAUGCUUCAGUGGACCCCACCUGUCCAGUGUGUCACAAGAAGUUUUCAAGAGUGGCCAGUCUGAAAGCUCACAUCAUGCUGCAUGAAAAAGAGGAGAAUCUCAUCUGCUCAGAGUGUGGAGACGAGUUCAUACUGCAGAGCCAACUGUCCAUGCACUUGGAAGACCACAGAAAGGAGUUGUCAGGAAGUAAGGCCUAUGACUGCAAACUGUGCCACAAGGAGUUUAAGCUGUCUUCCCUUCUAAAGGAACACACGAAAUUGCAUUACAAGAUGAGGCCAGUUAUCGGGAGUACAAGAAAUUACAAGAGAAGCAUUGAUAGGAGUGGGUUCACAAACAGAUGCCAACACUGUGAAAAGACAUUCAAAAAACCUAGUCAGCUUGUGCGUCACAUUAGGAUACAUACAGGUGAAAGACCGUAUAAAUGCACACACUGUGGGAAAGCUUUUAACCAGAAGGUGGUGCUGCAGACCCAUAUGAUUCGGCACACAGGAGAAAAGCCCCACUUCUGCAGUUUCUGCCCAGCAUCGUUUUCACAGAAGGGAAACCUUCAUUCUCACAUACAAAGGGUCCAUUCAGAGUUAAAGGGAGUUCCAUUGUUCCGAUGCUCUGAUUGCAGCUGUGUGUUCAAGAAACUUGGCAGCCUAAAUGCACACAUAAGCAAAAUGCACAUCUCCCUCAUAGACCCUCCACAAAAUUGUCAGCAACAGCAGGAUGGGGUGGUCGCUGGGCACCCGACUCCUGGUGUGGAGGGUUCUGAAGCUGUGACAGAUGUCAUCCAGCAGCUGCUCGAGUUGUCAGAGCAGGUGACAGGGGAGAACACCCAGACUCAGCAACCUGUGCAGUCCAUUAGCAUGGAGACCGGGAUUAAUCAGGACAUCCUACAGCAAGCUUUGGAGAACAGUGGUCUGAGUGCUAUACCAGUACAGUCCCAUCCCCAAAACAGCACUGGGGCAAGGACUCUGGGGUCCCAGAGCCAAUCCCAGGAUGCUGCCACCUUCCCAGUACCAGCUGACCGGCUGGACCCAGACAAAGAAUCCAGCUCAGAGAAAGUCCCUAGGAAAGAAAGGAAAGGGGUUUAUAAAAAGCCCAUGCAAAUGCCAGGUUCUAUCCGAGAGGAAAACGGCGUCCGAUGGCACGUGUGUCCUUACUGCUCCAAAGAAUUUAAGAAGCCCAGUGACCUGGUGCGGCACAUCCGCAUCCACACACAUGAGAAGCCAUUCAAGUGCAAGCAGUGCUUCCGUGCCUUCGCAGUCAAGAGCACACUCACAGCUCACAUGAAGACACACACUGGCAUUAAAGCGUUUAAGUGCCAAUUCUGCAUGAAGUGCUUUUCCACAUCGGGGAGCAUGAAGGUCCACAUGCGCCUGCAUACAGGUGUGAGACCAUUCCCAUGUCCUCACUGCGAGAAGAUUUUCCGUACCUCAGGGCACAGGAAAACCCACAUUGCUUCCCACUUUAAGAAUAUUAUGGCGAAGAAACAGAAAUACCCCCGGAAGCCUCAGAAAGUACGAGUGGUGAAGAACAAUCUCCCAGUACCAGAUGUUCCUCUUCAGGAACCCAUCCUCAUCACUGACUUGGGUCUUCUACAAAACCAAAACCCUCGUAACCAUUUUACUUUCCCGUAUUAUUCAAACAUAGUUGACAGUGAAAGGCCUUAUAAAUGCCCUUACUGCAACAAAGCAUAUAAGAAGUCCAGUCAUCUCAAGCAACAUGUCAGAUCCCAUACAGGAGAACGGCCAUUUAAAUGUCUCCAGUGCAGUAAAGGUUUUGCAUCUUCAGGGGUGCUUAAAGCUCACAUUCGGACACAUUCCGGACUCAAGGCCUAUAAAUGUUUGAUUUGUGACAGCACUUUCACCACCAGUGGCAGUUUAAGGCGUCACAUGGCAACCCACAGUGACCUACGACCCUACAUGUGUCCUUACUGUCAAAAGACUUUUAAAUCCUCCCCAAAUUGUAGAAAACACAUGAAAACACAUAGGUACGAACUUGUGCAACAGCUCCAGCAGCAGCAGCAGCAGACCUCCCUGGACAAUUCCAUGGUGCAGCAGGCUGUCACUUCUGAGAUGCAGGUUGAGAUCGAGGGUGAUGAACUGCAACAGCCGACUUCUGUCAGUACUGAGCAGCAGGCGAUGCUAGGCCUGAGUCAGCAGCAAGUAGUUGGUACCCAACAAGCUGAGCUGGAACAGCAGCUAAAUGAUCAACCACUGGUGCAGGAUGAAGAUACCUUUGUGCCACCCCAGCAUGCUCUUCCACAGAAUAUGAGCCAGUUUGAACAGCAGGCCAUAACCCAGCAUUCCUUUGACCAGCAGGGACUAACACAAGGUUUUACAAUAACUGAUGGCUAUAAUCAGCAAUCACAGUUUUCAACAGUACAGCAGUUACAGGACUCAAGCACACUGGAAUCUCAGGCCCUGUCUUCCAGUUUCCAUCAACAGAAUUUGCUUCAUGUAUCCAGUGCUGAGGUGACAAGUCGCCUUCUUCAAGAGCCAUCCCAGAGUGACCUUCAUCUCGAGACAGAACAGACAGACUUCCAGGAGGAAAGCGAUGAAAACAGCCGACGUGCAUACAGAUGCGUGUAUUGCAACAAAGGUUUCAAGAAGUCCAGCCACUUAAAACAGCACGUUCGCUCACACACAGGAGAAAAGCCCUUCAAAUGUAACUUGUGUGGUCGAAGCUUUGUUUCCGCUGGAGUGUUGAAAUCACACUUAAAGACACAUACAGGUGUCAAGGCUUUCAAGUGUAAUGUAUGUGAUGCUUCCUUCACCACCAAUGGCAGCCUUAAUAGGCACAUGAUAAUACAUAUGAAUAUGAAACCCUACAAGUGCCAAAUUUGUGAGGAGACCUUUCGGACAAUGCUUCUGUGCAGGAAGCACAUGAAGAAGGAUCAUUUUAUAGGAACAAGGGUAAUGCCUUUAGAAGAAGACGACAAUUCAGAAAGAGCUCUGCUUAGAAAGAAUCGAACAGGGAUUGUCACUUUCACAGAGGAACAGGCAGCUGAACUUGCCAAGAACGAGCCCCGAGAUGAUGCCACUGUUUCCGAAAAGGUCCUGGCCCAGUCGGCGGCUGAGAGGGACCGCAUUAGUGAGAUAAAAGACAAAGCUGUUGAACUGGAAACAGAACCCAAGCAUGCGAACCUUUGUAACUUCUGUCCAAAGAGCUUUAAAAAGCCCAGUGAUCUGGUGAGACACAUUCGUAUACACACUGGUGAAAAGCCCUUUAAAUGUGAUGAAUGUGGGAAACGGUUUACAGUAAAAUCCACUCUGGACUGUCAUGUCAAGACACACACAGGUCAGAAGCUCUUUAAUUGCCACAUGUGCAACACAUCCUUCUCAACAAAGGGCAGUUUGAAAGUGCACAUGCGACUGCACACAGGAUCCAAGCCGUUCAAGUGCCCCUUCUGUGAAUUGCGCUUCCGAACAUCUGGCCACAGAAAGACCCACAUACAGUGCCAUUACAAGCCAACAUCGGACUCCAAGAAGAAUAAAAAGCCUUGUGACCGCCAGAGCACAGAAGCUCUCCCACCAGUCAACCUGCUUAACACUUCACCCAGUGACCCCAAUGUCUACAUCACCAACAACUCUGUCCUCACCAGCCAAUUUGAGCAGAACCUGCUACAACAAGGGCUUGUUGGACAAGCCAUUCUUCCAGCUUCAAUGUCAGGGGGUGAUCUCACCGUGUCUCUUACGGAAGCUGGCUUAGCGACCCUAGAGGGUAUACAGCUACAGCUUUCUACCACUAACCUAGUGGGACCAAAUGUCCAGAUCUCAGGCAUUGACACCACUAAUAUUAACAACAUAACACUACAGAUAGAUCCAAGUAUUUUGCAACAGACCCUGCAGCAAGGCAGUAUCCUGACCCAUCACCUAACAGGAGACUCCAGCCAUACCCAGCAAGCUGGCGGCCAUCUCCAAACAGGGGAUGCCACAGUGCCUGCUAAUGUAGUGGUCCAGCCACUCACAGGUCUUUCCUUGCAACCAAAUAUGGGAUCAGCCAAUAUUACCAUAGGAACUCUGACGGAACAAGACUCUGUUCUGACUGCAAGUAACAGCGGUACACAUGAUCUCACACAGGUCAUGACUUCCCAGGGUUUGGUGACAUCUUCCAACAACCAGCAUGAGAUUACAUUAACGAUCAAUAACUCCAGUCUCAGUCAAGUCCUUGCACAGGCAACUGGCUCUAACUCCACUAAUUCAUCAACGGCUCCGCAAGAGAUUACACUGACCAUUUCAGCCUUGCAGAAUGUUUGGCAGAAGGUUCGGGGGAGACAUGUGAUUGUCCAUACAGACAAUACAACAGUGGUGGCUUACAUCAACCACUAGGGCGGCCUUAGGUCACCCUUGAGGUGGUGAACCUUGUUUGGGAGAGCAGAGAUAGAUCUCUUUGCAUCCCAGGAAUCAAGCCACUGUCCCUUCUGGUAGCUGAAGCAACUGUUAUAUGCCUUGCCACCUCUGAGAUUAUGCUGAGAUCUGUGCGCACAGUCCUUUUGUACCCUCGGGAGCAGGCAUGACUGCAUCACAGGCUCGGCUGAGCAGCUUUGGUAUAUAAUAUUCAGGUUUCGGGGUCUUCAGGAGGUAAGCAGCGAUUAGGUAAUAGUUAUAUUUCUAUUUCAGGGAACCAGGGAAACAUUAUAUUUCUACAGCUCGAACUGUAUUAAUGUACAAUACAUAUCCAAUAAAACAUCUAGCUUGUAUGGCAUGCAAUGGAUAAUGCACUAAGUCCUCUGACUCAAAAUGCCUAAUAUACAGUACAACCAUACAGUGUGAGGUAGUGGUUAGUCCAACAGGGUAAAUUAUCUGCAUAGUCUCUGCUGCCUGCUUUGUGUCGCCACAUAUUAAAGGGAUCAUUUAUACAGUACCAUCUAUAUUUUCAGAAUAUUCAAUGACUUAUUUGGAUAUCUGUCAUUUUCUUGUGUUGCUUCUGCUUAGGUAAUUAUUUCCCAUGAUUAAACUGUCCCCAUAAAGAAGCCCUUUUUCUGAAGUUACCUGCUUUUAGAAAUGGCCACUAGAGGUGUGCAACCGUAAUUUCUGUUAGAUAGAACACAGAUAGAUGUUAAGAUAUUAAACGUGUAAAAAAUAAUACAGCUAAGAAUAAUGUUUUCAGUGGACUUUAACUCAUCCAACAUUGUAUUAAGCUGUAUUAUAUUUAAUUUGCAAGUUUUUCUUCAGUUUGCUUAUUGCUAUAAAAUGUCGGAAAACGUUAAUUUCCUUUAUUUAUUUUUACUUUUCUGCGUGGUUUGAUCAGCCAUAUUUUCAUACCCUACAUGGGUGAAAAAGAAGACAACUCAACAACAGUCCAUCUCCAAAAUGUUAUGAGUGACUUACUCAUACGUUGUUACUCAUACGACCAAAGUAUGUGGCCAGAGAAAAUAACAGAUAUCGAGAUGCAAAAUAUUAUCACAUGCUGUCUAACAAGCAUAGUCCUGUAGUGCCACACCAUUAGAAUAUUCAUAGAAGUGUCACAUUCGUCUCUUAGUAGGGCCAGUGGCACGGGAACUAGUGAUACUGGGGAUGCAGUAGCUUGAAGUACAUGGGAGCUGUGCACUGGCUGGUGCAAUGAUACAUCUUGCUAGUUUUGUGACUCUUAUGAGCUAUGUGUGCAGAGCAGUUCACCUUUUUUAAUUGCUUUUGAUAAAAGACCAAUCAGCACUGACUGUCACAAUAAGGGGUGGGAUGUUUUAUAAAUUGUGCGGUUGCAGUCUCAUGAGAGUCGGUUAGUAGUUGGAACUCUUUAGAAUCUUGUAUACAGAACAGUUAUUGAAGAUGUUUCAAAAAAGAAUAUCAGAUUUUUUUUGUUGAUUCUCAGUGGCACCACAUGCUAAAAAUCAGCUUGUCACAACUGCUAUUAACUGCAGGUACUGCUUUUUGGAGCAAUAUUAAAAACACUUACAUAGUGACAUUUUGGACAUGCUAGAUGUCCAUUCCCUCAUGAAAAAAAUAAUCAGCGUGACACCGGAACACAAGU